AUGACCGACCUGGCUGCCCCUCAGGCUACGCAUUCGAUGGACAAAUUUGCGUCUCAACCGAUCCACCCAAGUGCCCACCAGGCACCAUAUAUGACGGUCGUGGCUGCCUUCAUGAGGAUCCACCCAUUUGCUCUCCGAAUACUUCGUUUGAUGAAUUGUGUGGACGACAAGCUGCCGGGAUGUCCCAAGGGUUCAACCUUCGACGGUCAACAAUGUGUAGCUGACGGCAAGCCAGAGUGUCCCGACGGUACAGCCUUCGAUGGUUAUCAGUGUGUGAACAUAAAGCGCCCCGAAUGCCCGCCAGGUACAUCAUACAAUGGGCACGCUUGUAUUUCCACUAAGCCUCCCGGCUGUCCCCUCAGGAGUACAUUCGAUGGCACGAAGUGUGUCUCGGAAAAGACUCCGGUCUGUCCUCCUGGCUCCAACCUCCAGAAAGGCAUGUGUAUCGUUGACCACAAACCCAUCUGCCCCCCCGGUACAACCUUCGAUGGGCGAAUGUGUACCACCGCCACUAGACCGGAGUGUUACGAGAUGCACGUCUGCCCUCCUGUAUCUCCUUUGCAGAACGGUAUAACCCAGUAA